UCCACCCCUGCUGGGCUGGCAGAAGCUAAAAUCCUCAGCAGCCACAUACCGACACACACACACACACCGGGAUACCUGCCCUAAAUCCUGCCCAGGCCAGGUCCACCUGUCAGCAGCGGAGCAGCACCACACAUUGGACUUCGUUCGCAAGAGGACAUAUUUUCUGACAACUCGCCCCAACCCCGUUAGCAGGCUAAGCUAGCAGGAAGAGCUAACGACAGUUGGCUAGAACUCCGAUCAAGUGAAAACACCUGAUUCUGACUCUCUGUUCUGCAGCUGAAGACCCCCCACAGCAGGCUGCUGGACAUGACAGAUCUGGCUAUGUAAGCUGCUCUGAUGUUUGGACUUGAACCUUCAUUCAGAGCCUGGUUGAGACAGCUUUUCAGCUUGUCUGGAGGACCACACUAUAACUCUGACGUAAAUCAUCCUACGGACCUGCAGCUGAUUUGGCUGUUGGUCUGGACUGUAGCACAACUCUCCAGAGCAGCUCCUCCCCUCCCCUCCAGCUCUUCCUGUAGCACUACUAUGCCUCUGGGUUUGGGAAGAAGGAAGAAGGCGUCCCCGUUAGUGGAGAACGAGGAAGCGGAGCCUAUCCGCGCAGGUAUCAAUGUCCCGGGUAUGGACGGCCUAGAUGGAGGUGUUGUGGGGCUGGGAGAAGGAGCCACCUCUGAAGGUCUGCCUCCUCCACCCAGCAGCAUGCGACCUCGCCUCAUCUUCCACACUCAGCUUGCUCAUGGCAGCCCCACCGGCCGAAUAGAGGGCUUCAGUAAUGUGCGGGAGCUCUAUGCCAAAAUUGGUGAGGCCUUUGGGAUACCCCCUGCUGAGGUUAUGUUUUGCACACUGAACACUCAUAAGGUGGACAUGGAUAAACUGUUGGGAGGGCAGAUUGGGCUAGAGGACUUUAUAUUUGCCCACAUUAAAGGACAGCGAAAGGAAAUAGAGGUGUACAAAGGGGAGGAUGCACUGGGGUUGACGAUCACCGAUAAUGGAGCUGGCUACGCUUUCAUCAAGAGAAUCCGCGAGGGGAGCGUCAUCCACCAGAUACAGGUCAUCAACGUGGGCGAUAUGAUAGAGUCGAUCAACGGCCAACGCCUGAUUGGAUGCAGACACUAUGAGGUUGCCAAGAUGCUGAAGGAGCUGCCCAAAGGGAAGGAGUUCACCAUCAAGCUCACGGAGCCACUCAAGGCCUUCGAUAUGAUCGGCCAGCGGUCUGGAGGUUCAAGGUCGGGAUCAGGGGUUCAGCUGGGGACCGGCAGAGGAACCCUGCGGCUGCGAUCUAAAGGUCCUGCUACUGUGGAGGAGCUGCCCUCUGCAUUCGAGGAAAAGGCCAUUGAGAAGGUGGAUGACCUGCUGGAGAGCUACAUGGGCAUCAGAGACAGCGAGCUGGCGGCUACCAUGGUGGAGCUGGGAAAAGACAAGAAGAACCCUGAUGAGUUUGCAGAAGCUCUAGAUGAAACCCUCGGGGACUUUGCAUUCCCAGACGAAUUUGUUUUCGACGUCUGGGGUGCUAUCGGCGACGCUAAGAGUGCACUCUUUUGGGAGACUCCGCCUAGACAAAGAGGAUAAUGGCAGUCAAUGGGAGAAGAAGGGGACUGCGAUGACUUCCCAAGUGCUUUUAUUUGUCUUCCGGCUUUUUUUCCAGAAACGAGCAUGCUGAUGAGCAUUCCCUUUGAGCGCAUCACACGAACCUGCAUGUUGUUGUUGUAGUCGCUGUCAGUGGAACCAGUACAGCACACGUCUCUAACAUGGGAGAAAUGAAAGACAACUAAGUAGAUAUUUGAUACUUAACAAUUAGAUUUGUUUUGCACUGUGUUGCAAUGCGCUGAAAACCAACAACAGAUGUGAAUAGAGGUUGCACUGGCGUCAUCCCUGAGUUACAGUGUCCUGAACCACUCGCUGUUACUGUUAUGGGUCAGUUUUACAAGCAUGUGCUGUUACAUUUCUAUCUUCAUAAGGAAUUCUGCUGGUUUUAUGUCCUUUUUUUUCAUCGUUUUUUGGGGAGUAAGAAAAAAAUGUGGCCGCAUAAAGGGUCAUAGUGAUGUGUUACUAGCUGACUAAAAAGACCAGCGGUGUUCGUUCACCUUUAACACUCCGGGCUGUGAUGAAGGUAAAUGCAGCAAACUACAUUCUUAUUUUAAUACAUUUGACAGUGUUACAAAAGAUCAGUGUUAUGACCUUUUUAAUUGAAGGUGAGAAGGUUUGUGGUUGUCUACUUAUUCUUUUUAUAGCUAGUGUUUUUAUAUUAAGUGAUGUCUAUUUUAAAACAGGGUUUGUGUAAUGAAUGGAACAUGAAGCAUUACAGAAGGCAGUAUUAAAAAGCCGUGGAAUUUGGUAAAGGUACAUGUCACCCAUGAAUCCAAAUCCUUUUCCUUUUUUUUUACCUCUUUCCUUUAGUGAUAUUUAUCCAUCUAGAUUAUUUUUGCCUGAUUUGCCCAGUGUUUUAGUUAUCAAAAAAUAACGGAGCUAGAUGCUUUCUUCUUUUGUGCUGAAAGCGGAGAAAGAUACAUUUUAAAAUCUUGAGCGGUGUCUCUUUCCAAAAUUCAUGACCCAGCUUUUUGAGAGACUGUAGUUGAGAGCAGCUCCAUCCAAGAACUACAUCAACAUCUCCAAACACUGGGCAUCUCACACUAGUAAAUUCUGGAUUGAUAAAUAGCAGUUAAAAAGAGAAAUGUAUAUUUUUGGUUGCAAGGUGACCUGUCCCUUUAAGAAAAAAAGGCCUUCAUUUCUGUGCUGAAAAAUGAAGUAUCCCGUCAUUGGAGCAGAUUGAUACCAAACUACUUCACCAUGUAGUGAAAAAACAGGCAUUGCAGCACCAACUCCUCAUAGGUAAACAUCUUGGUGUUAACCUUUUCAGUAUACCCAAAUGUAUAAAACAAUGUUGUCCUUUUUGUUCCACUGUUCAGAGUUAAUGAAUAUCUAAAUGUAAUGAAACUGAUGCUAGAACACCGUAACACUGACAAACACUCAUUAUUUUUGAUGGCUUUGUAUAACACUGUUGUCACUGUUUAAUUAUAAUGCAAUAAUAACAUCGACAUGGCAGUUUC